UGGGAGCGUGGUUUCAUUUUUAAGAGCAGAGCACCGCCACACAACUUCCCCUUGCGUGCUUUGUGCUGCCCUACAUGGGACACCUCCGAAUCUGGGCUCAGCCCUCUCCCCCAGAAACUGCAUCCUGAGUCCUGGGACGAGGUCUUGGAAGAGCUUCUGGAGAGUUACUUGAAGGAGAGAAUAUUUACCAGGAGUGAUUAAAAACAAUGGAUCCAGACUUCUUAAAUGCAUUUACACAGCCUUCUACACUUGAUCGAUUCCUAACUGAGGAUGUCAUUGCUAAAGGUGAGAAGAGGAAACUCAUAAAACCAACCUCAAGGAACAGCCCCAAACUGGAAGAAUUGAAACUGUUCUUGAUUGAGUGGAUUAACAGAACCCUGAAAGAGGAACACAUAGUAGUUAAAAGUCUGGAAGAAGACCUGUAUGAUGGGCUGGUACUUCAUCAUCUCCUGGAAAACUUAGGAUCUCUCAAGCUGGAUGUUGACAAGAUUGCAUUAACAGAAAAAAAACAGCGACAGAAACUCUCUGUGAUUAUGGAAGCCGUGGCCAAGUGUUUGCAACUGGAAGAAAGUCAGCUGAAAUGGAGUGUGGAAUCUAUCUUGGCAAAGGACUUACUGAGCACACUGCAUCUCCUGGUUGCAAUAGCAAAGCACUUCAAACCCAACCUGGCUCUGCCUCCAAACGUUCAAGUGGAAACAAUCACCAUCGAGAUCACCUCCACAGGAUUAAAGACAUCAAAUGCGGUGGAAUAUAUCACAGAAAACAAAGAGAAUGUAGAAGCGCAGUCAAAAGAUGAUGCCUUUGAUGAAUUAUUUAGCUGUGCUCCAGAUAAACUGGAUGCUGUAAAAAAGGCACUUUUGCAAUUUGUUGACAAGCAUGUUGGAAAAUUAGGAUUAAAUGUGAGAGACAUCGAAUCUCAGUUUUCAGAUGGAGUUAUCUUACUUCUCUUAACUGGACAACUAGAGGGUUACUUUCUGAAUUUAAGGAAUUUCUUCCUGACCCCGGCCAGCACCACAGAGAUGCUUCACAACGUUAACCUGGCAUUGGACUUGCUAGCAGAGGGAGGUCUUCUGAAUUUUCCUGUGAACUCUGAAGAUAUUGUGAACGGAGAUACGAAGGCUAUAAUGCGAGUUCUGUACUGCCUGUAUUCCAAAUACGGGACCAAAGAAGCAUGAAGAACAAGGCCAAGAGCUUGAGCUGCUUGUUUGUUUGUUUGUUUGUUUUUUCCCUAGCAGGCCUUGGUGUGAUUUCUGGAUUCCCAGCUCUGUUUGCCACUGUUUCUGGGCAUGCACUGGUGUUUGACACUUGCUGUGUUAACACUGUACAGCAAAUAUGUUGUUCAUGCAAGGUUUCACAUAUGCAGCCUGAGCAACUGCAAAUGUGUGUCCAUGGCCAGUGUACUGUGUAAUUCUGGGGCUGUGGCUCUAGUUCCAGACCUUGCCUUCUGUUUUCUCUGAGCACCCCCUAAUGCUGCAAAGAAAUUAAAUGUGUGUUUAUUCUGGA